AUGUUUAAAUCUCAAUUUCUUAAGAAUUUUACAAUCACUAGAUUUUCAUAAAGGAUAAUUGUAAAUGCAAAUGAACCAUCAUUAGGAUUGCAGACUGCUCUGAUAAUUGAUAAUGCUAAUGGUAAGAUUACAGAAUAGCAAUAUUAAACUGCAUAAAUUGAAGGAGAGACAAGUUUAGAAGAAAUAUAAGCAUCUUCUAUUAUAGGAAUAUAUUAAGGAUAAAUUUAAAAUUAUUUACUUGUAUGCAAAAAAUGUGAAUUAGUGGCUUAAGUGUUAAAAUAAAAAUACUAUAGAAUAUAAUCUGUGGCAUUUAUAGGAUUAAAAUAAGAGUUAGAUAAAAAAAUACAUUAUAAUGAAUAUGGUUAAUUAGAAUCAAUAAAAGAUGUAAAUACAUUAUUAAAUAUUUAGUAUUUGUCAAAUCAUUUUUAUUUUAGUUUGAAUGGAAAUCCAGCUCAGCCUUUAUAGAAUGCCUUCAAAAAUAAUAAAGAUUAUUAAGAAUUUUUAUGGAAUACACAUUUAUACAAUAAAUUUCAAGAUCAAAAUAUAUAGCCUUAAUGGUAUUGUAAAAUGAUUUAAGGAUAUGUUGGUUAAAUUUAAAGUAAAUUAGGAGAUGAAUAGAUUAAAUAUAUUUUAAUAAGUAGGAAAUGUAGAUAUUAAUCAGGAACUAGAUUUCAUCAUCGAGGAAUCAAUGAUGAAGGUUAUGUUGCUAAUUAUGUUGCAACAGAAUUUAUAAUAAUGGUAAAAAACUAUUGUUUAAGUCAUGUUAUAUUUAGAGGUAGUGUUCCAACCUUUUGGAAAUAAAAAGGUAUUACUGGAAAUGUUAAAAUCACAAGAAGUGAAGAACUAUGUGUUCAUGCUUAUCUCAAACAUUUUGAUGAUUUAUAAGAAAAUUAUAAAUAAAUAAGUUGUAUUAAUUUAAUGGGAGAUAAUACAUCUGAAAGUAUUCUUAAUGAGUCUUUUAAAAACUUAGUUGAAAAAAAUUAAAUAGAUGGAGUUAAUCUAGUUCGUAUUGAUUUUCAUAAAAUUUGUAAGAAUGAAAAAUUUAAAUAAAUUGAUAGUUAUAUAAGAGCCUCAGAUGAGCAAAGUAUUGUUUAUGAUUGUUUUUCAAUAAACACAACCAAUUAAUAAAUAAACUCAUUAUAAUUAGGAGCAUAUAGAAUUAAUUGCUUAGAUUGUCUAGAUAGAACUAAUGCUUAUUAAAGUCGUUUGUGUCUUAGAAUUACUGAUUUACUUCUUACUAAAUACUAAGUAAAUCAUACAAUGGAUUUAUUAUUUAUGAUAGAAGAUACAAAAGUUUCUGAAUUUUUGAAUUAAUAUAGAGUAAUUUGGGCUGAAAAUGGAGAUGCUAUAAGUUAAUUGUAUUGUGGAACAAAUGCAACUACAAGUGAAUUCACAAAAAAAGGUAAAACUACAUUUAAAGGAUUCAUUACACAUAAUUUUGCAUCUAUUGGUAGAUUUUUUAAUUAAACAUUUAUUGAUUCAACUAAAAAUUAAAUUAUUGAAUCUUAUCUACAUGGAAUUUCAAAUCAAAAAUCAUAACUUUAAAUUUAUUUAUAAAGUUAAGUUAAAUCUUAUUGUAAAUUUUAGAAAUAUAAAUUAUUUGCCUUAACUUGGAAUGUUAAUGGCAAUUUAAUUUCUAAUUUAUAAAAAGAUGUAUUUUAAUUUCCUUAAGAUUUCAUACCAGAUUUUAUUGUAAUAUCAUUACAAGAGAUUAUAGAACUUAAAGCUCAUAAUUUGAUUGGUCAUAAUCCAGAUAUAGUCAAUUAAUGGAUUCAAAAUAUUGAUUAAUCUAUUAAUUUUAAUGGAGAUUAAUUUAGUUUGAUUUAAUAAGAAAAUUUAGUUGGAAUGCUUCUUUUAAUUUAUUCUAAAAAAUCUUUAGUUUAACUUAUCAGUAAGAUCUCUACCAAUAAAAUUAAAACAGGACUUGAGGGUCAUACUGGAAACAAGGGAGCAUGUGUAAUUAGAUUUUAAAUCAAUGAUUCAGAAAUAACUAUCUGUAAUUGUCAUUUAGCUUCUGGAAAUAGUAAAAAUAAAAGAAGAAUUGAAAGUCUUGAAGAAAUUCAUGAAAAGGCUUUUAAAUAGUAAAUGAAAUCAAUUGAUUCUUCAGAUUAUACUGUAAUAAUGGGAGAUAUGAAUUUCAGAUUAAAUGCAAGUUAAGCUUCAAUAUUAGAACUUAUUUAAAAAUAAAAAGAAUUCUAAUUAUAAGGUAAUUUAAGAUAAGCUGAAUAAUGUAUUAUAAAACUUUAAUAAUAUGAUUAAGCAUAUGAAGCAAAAGAAAAGUAUCCUUUAUAAGAAUAUUAAGAAGCUUGUAUUACUUUCUUACCUACAUACAAAUUAAGUUCUAACUAUACAUAUUAAACAAAAAAACCAUAAUAAAUUCCAUCUUAUUGUGAUAGAAUAUUUAUUAAAACAAAUGAAUAAUCCUCCAUAAAAUAAUUAUUUUAUAAAAGUAUUGAUAGAUUUGAGAGUGAUCAUUAACCAGUAAUUGCAAUGUAUAUUAUUGAUGCUAAAAUUAUUGACAAAGAAAAGGAAAAAAAUUUAAUAUAAGACUUUACUUAUAAAAGUCAACAAUUAGAGGAAGAAGAAACUAUAAUUGAUGAUCAACAAAAAGAUGAAUAAGGAACCAAUUAAUAAAUAAACUAAAAGACAUAAAAUAAAAAGGGAUUGUUUUAAUAAUUGAAAGAUAAAUUUUUAAAGUGA